AUUCCCUGUUGAAAAAACGGUUGACAAUAUUGAGACCUGGGAACAGUUAAGUGAUCUUGCUCAAUUAAUAGAAGGCUAAUAAAUGAUUGGUAAGUGUUAUUAGAAUCAUAUCAUAAAAAUAAAACAAUAAAACAAUAAAAUAGAAAUAUACUUCGGCUCUAAACUUUUCUACAGAGUACAUAUAAAAUCAAUACUGAUCAAUCAUGAAGUUUAAAACACAGACGUACACAAACAAUCUCUUAUGAAGAUAAGAUUCUAAUGGAGGGAAAAUGUGUGUUUACUCCCGUCAGAAAUGUUGACUUAAGUGACACAAGUGGUGGAUGGAAGAUGACAACAUUAGGAUGCUGAGAUAAGAUCGUUUGUAACAAACUGCAUUGCUUUACUAAGAGCUUUCUAAAAUCACACAAUCGCUACAAAUAAUCAAAACUCGAGCUUGUAAAGUGAGUAUAGUCAUGUCACACAGAAAUACAGAAAGUAUUGAAAGUACAUUCAUUGCAAGUACACGUAGAUAUCAAAGGACAGCAAACAGCCAAACAUCCUAGUUGUUGCCCCAGUGUUGACAGCUACUUUUAUCAUCACUAUCUCUGUAGUAUUUAUCGCAGUCUGCUGUAUCACAAACAAAGGUGAAGCAAUCUUUCUAGGGGAUGGACCUCUUCAGUUUGUGUCUCUAUCUUCAUUUCCAACGCAGAACACUUUGAGACUUUCUUUUGGGAGUAACCUAAAGCAGAAGCUUUGAUUCCAAAAUGGAUGAACCACAAGAACGAAAAUGUGUUGUGUGCACGAAUUACUACACCACUCCAAAGAUUCUACCCUGUGGUCAUCUCAUGUGUCAACAAUGUGUCAUUUCUUGGAUGUACUCAAAACCUAGAGCCGGGUGUCCGCUGUGUAGAUGUCCUAUAGUAGAGCAGUCAGAUGGAAGUUCGUCUGACACUGUUGACGCCCUGCCGACAGACUUUGUGAUGGAAGCGCUGGUGGAGAGCGCUCGUGUGCUGAGUAAAGAUCACCUUUGUUGUGUGUGUGAUACCAAAAAGGCUGAAAAUAUCUGUAUUCAGUGUCAAGACAAAAUGUGUUCAUCAUGUGCACAACUACACAAGAAGAUGUCGGCGACUCGCAGUCACGAUGUGGAGAGUGUCAGCACUGUGACACCUGAACGUCUGGCUGCCAGCCGCCCUGCACUGUGUGCUGACCACGGCGACAAACAGGCGGAGUACUUCUGCCGCGAGCACCGCCUCGCUGUCUGCAGAGCCUGUAGGUCACACGAACACAAAGUAUGCCUGAAAGUAAGCUUUCUUGACGAUGAAACAGAAUCAGUACAAAAAUCGCUGAACGACUUGACAAAGAUUCUGGUAGAAGCGGAGCAGAAGCUAGAGCAGGCUAUAGGUCAGCUGACGUCACGUCUACAGGAAGUUGAUGUCAGCGAACAAGAAGACAUGGCGCAGGUGGACAAGACAUGUGACAGACUUCACAAGCUGGUAGAAGAUUUUCGAAACAAGUUGAAGGACAAGACUCGCACGUCACAUCUCCAAAUCAAGAAUUCCUUACGUGACGUCAAGACUGCCCUGAGCAACCGUCUAGGGAAUGUGACGUCACACAAACACAUUGUGACGCGAGUGACGUCAGUGUCCCCACGUCCUGCACUGAUACACAUGACAGAGGCUCUUGCAGACAGGGUCAACAGCCUUGACCUCAGCGCCGACUUGCAAGGAGAGGUGUGGGUGAAGCUCUCAUCAAGUGUAGAGUGCUGUCAAGAAGUUGUAGGACGGAUAGAACAAGAGCUACUGACAUUCGAACAGCAGAAAACAAAGACAAAGAUGGACCCACAACCACCAGUCCUUGUGUUCCACGACAACUGCGGAACCAACAUUCGUCUGACAAACGGUAACAGCACCGCGGAGAAGAUAAAGUCGCGUGCCAUCUACCACGGGGUGGUCGUGUCACGUGAUGCAAUGGUGGCGGAUGUCUUGUAUGAAGUCAGAGUGGACACAGUAUCAGGUGAGAACAGCGAGCUAUUAUUAGGAGUGACAAAGAUAUCUCCUGAACAUCUCCUUGUGAUAAAGUUUUCUACAGACUGGAAAGACUCCGUUAUCAUCUCGCCCAGUCUGGUCGCACACCAGGCAAAACUUGUGUCGACACCGAUAGGAAAAGGUCUCCAAAGGCUUCAGGUCGGGAGUCGAGUCGGGGUCCUGGUGGACUCAUCAAACGAUCUUCACCUCUACAUCGAUGGACAGGACCAGGGUGUGGCAGCAAAAAGUGUCGCCCUGCCCUGUUUCGCUGUCUUUGAUCUCUGGAGUACAGUGACUAAGGUGACAGCCCUUCCUGUAUCUAGGAGGACAUGAAGAUAUCAGAGAACAAGAAGUCUGAAAAAGUCUGAAAACAAAGAAAAACAAAAA